CUGCGUUUGGGUGCCAUUGACAUCUACCGAACAUAAUUUUCAACAUGUUUCAAAAAAAUUUCAUCUGACGUUUUGAUCAACUUUCUCAAAUUUCAGUUUUCUGUAGUGUCGCUUUCGAGCACAUUCGAGGAUAGCAGAGAUAAACCCCUCUAGAGGAUAGGUUGAUAGAGUGUUUUUGCGAUUGGGAGCGUUUCGAUUUUUUUAAUUACUCCCCAUCAGUUUGGAUUUAGUGUAAAAAUGUGCGGUCAAAUAGUGCAUGGUGGUACAUUUUCCGAAGCUAUGCAGACUAUAAUAUAACAAGCACAGAGCGUUUAGGUGUAUUGAGUUUUUGCUGACCUACAUUAUUCUAAAAUUAGACGAAAUUACCCACAAUAAUCGUAUAUAAUGGACCAGUCAAGAAAAUUGUAUUGAGAGUUUCCUUAUUCACAAAACGAUGUCAACGACCGGCGAAAUGUCUAGUGAUAAGGAUGAGAAAACUAGUGAUUCAGAAGACAGGUUCACACCAGAUCCAGUCAUAGGUAAGCUGCUAUCCUGCCUAGAAAAAGAAAGUGGCAUGCUGCUAGAAGAGGACUUAGCCUUCCUAAAUGUAAUGUUCAACUCAAAGUCCCUACAUGCAUUGGUGAAUGUGUACAAUAAAAUCAGGAAUGGCACCAGUGAUAAGCUGAUUCCAGUUUUAUCUAGCUCAAUUGAUGUCCUUGCUGAUGUUUUGGAAGAUCUAGCACGUAAGACAUAUAGGUUGUCUGAAGAUGGGAAGGAACUCUUUCAGCUGCUUCAGAAGCCACACCUUCAGAGUUUAUUGAAUGUCCAUGAUGUGGUAGCUCAGAAAGAUUACUAUCCACGGCUGCCUGAAAUCCCAAGAGAUGAAGGUGAUGAAGAAGAAACCAUCAAAAUUGUUCAAUUGGUUAAAAGCAAUGAACCUCUGGGGGCGACAAUCAAGAAAGAUGAAGCUACAGGGAAAAUAGUGAUAGCCAGGGUACUCCAUGGAGGGGCAGCUGACAGGUCAGGUCUGAUACAUGUUGGGGAUGAAGUUGUUGAAGUCAAUAACAUCAAUGUUGAAGGGAAAACGCCUAAUGAUGUACUUACUAUCUUGCAAAACUCCGAGGGCACGAUAACUUUCAAGCUAGUUCCUACGGACGGAAAAUACAGCAUUCGGGAGAGCAGGGUCAGAGUCAGAGCUCAUUUUAACUAUGAUUCGGCUAAUGAUCCGUACAUACCGUGUAAAGAGGCUGGGUUGGACUUUGUCAAAGGAGAUGUGCUUCAUAUUGUGUCUCAAGACGACGCUUAUUGGUGGCAAGCUAGGAAAGAAGGUGAUAGGAAUAUGAGGGCUGGCUUGAUACCGAGCAGAGCAUUGCAAGAAAGACGUAUCGUAUAUGAAAGGGAACAAAUGGGCAAAAAUGGCGAAGAGGCUUUGUGUUCUUCAGUGUCGGCUUCAUCAUCAUGUGUAGUAACUCCAGGAGGCAACAAGAUCAAAAAGAUCAUCUACGACUUGGCAGAGUGCGACGAUUUCGAUAGGGAACAAAUUGCAACAUAUGAAGAAGUAGCCAAGCUGUAUCCCCGACCUGGCAUCUAUAGACCUAUUGUACUUAUAGGAGCUCCUGGGGUUGGCAGGAACGAGCUGAAAAGAAGAUUAAUUGAUACUGAUCCGGACAAAUACAGAACUCCAACACCAUAUACUACGAGACCUAUGAGGCCUGGUGAAGAAAAUGGCAAAGAGUAUUAUUUUAUACCAAGAGAAAAGAUGGAGGAAGAUAUUGAAGCUGGAAAAUUUAUUGAAUUUGGCGAAUAUAAAGGAAACCUAUAUGGCACUUCUGCUGAUAGUGUCAAGGAAAUUGUUAAUUCAGGAAAGGUGUGUAUAUUGAAUCCGCAUUUUCAAGCACUAAAAAUGUUGAGGACGCCGCAACUCAAGCCAUACAUAGUGUACAUCAAGCCACCGAGUUUGGAGGCCUUGAAGGAAACGAGAGGUGCCAUGCAUGCUAGGUCGACGUUUGAUGCCAACAGUUCUAGAGGAUUUACGGAAGAGGAGUUUGAAGACAUAUUAAAAUCAGCGGUCAAAAUCGAAUUCCUGUACGAUCAUUUCUUCGACGAGACUAUAGUGAACGCCGAUUUAGCAUCGGCCUUCAGUCAGCUUCUCGCUGCUGCGAAUCGUCUGGAAACGGAACCUCUGUGGGUGCCAGCAAGUUGGGUGCAAUAAACGAUUUUUCUAGUAACUAUCCUCAAUUUUUGUAUUAUAGGAGAAUUGUUAUAUCAACAAUUGACGUCGAAACCAACAGACACAUUUAGUAAUACACAAACGUUCUGUCGCGCGGAAAAUCCUGUGACACCACAGUAGUACGAGAACAAAACACCUUGCCAAAAGUCACAGUUCACAUUUUGAUAAUAUUAGUUUCACGGCUCUGCAUGCGGAAUUGUAGUGAAGUGAAUGACUGUCGUAUCCAACGACUUCGAAUAGAUUGUAGCCAAGUCUAUACAUUUACAUUGCAUUGUUUACACCAAAAUUGCGUAGUUUUAGAGCGUACCUUUGACUCAUUUAUCUACCAAUAUGUACGAAAGUGAGAUCGUCGAAUCAACACAAUAAUAAUACUUACCCGAGAAAAUAUGUACCUUCAUUAGGCUUGUGAAGCUGUUUGCAAAUUAUGUAAGAAUUACCAUGUAUUGAAAUCGUCUAACGCUUUGAUUAUCUGUAAAUAUUCGCGCUUUUGAGAAAUAUGUAUUUAAUGACUGUACCAAAAAUUGACUUGGAUCCCCACUACAGAUUAUGAGAAUUAGGAGACAAACAAAUCUCUGACUGGAAUCUUCUACCUAGUCUGAAUUCGUUGGCCGAAUCAAUCGUAAAAAUGGCAAGAAGCUCGUGUAAAACAAGAUAUGUCGCAAAAUGGAUUGGAGUGUCAAAGAUAUGUACAAUUAUAAUAUGCCAUUCUAUUACUUGCCAAUCGGCACAUGACACAAGACGACAACAAUAAGUAAUUGAUCAUUUUUCCGUAAUUUAUUGUGAAUUCAAAACGAGUUCACCUAAAAUCUCCAAAUGUCCGAAUAGUAGCAAGAAGCUCUCGGAGCAGAGACAGCAAUAGUGAAACAUAUGUGUUCACCAGCGCUGGACGGAAAAGAGUAUCAUGCACCCAUAUUCUCAAACAUAUAAGAUAUGCGAGAAUGGGAACAAAAGAUGUCGUAUCAUCAGAAGAGACUGCAAAGUCUAAUUGACAAGGUGGAACGAAUACUACCUGACAAUCAAUUGGCAAUCCUAGGCACCAACAUGUAUAGGAUGGUCGAAGCAUGGACGCCAGACAAGACUAAAGACAGGUCUAAAAUAAGUGUCCUCAGACGAACGAUAUAUGUCUCAGUGAUGGAAUCAAUUGUAGAGGAGACUUUAGGCAGCUUUUGUCUAAAAUUUGGCAAGGUAAAAGCUCAGAUUGAUUCGCCUACCGACGGUCUAUGGAUCGAUCCGCCAGCUGACAAACAACUAAUGUCAGCAUUAGGGAAAUUGGGAACCCGCAGAAUGAUAUUAAGCCGACGGUUCAAAUUCAACAGCACGCAAACGAGCAACUUGAUUAGGAUACUAGUUUCAUCCGAUCCUGAAAUUCGCGGAAAUGCUAAAUUGGAUUUGCUGUUAAAGCUUGAUUCUAACUUAGUCGAUCCAAUUUUUCAGACACCUAGUUAAGAAAUAUAUAGAUUUUGGCUGCAGCUUCCGACGUUUUGAUUUCGAAAGAAUCUAUAUAAUCUCUAUUAUAGUGAUUUAAAUGUCAAAACAUCGGCUUUAUAAGUAGAGUGCAUCAGCGAACACCUUAAGCAUCAUAAUCUUAAAAUUUGAAGAUUAAGACAAAACAUCUUUCACCUAUUGAGUAUAUUUCUCUGCUCAAAGUGGAUUUUGUAAACUAAAAUAAAUCCUUGACUGGCUUCUUCUACCUAGUCUGAAUUCGAAUCGAUACAUGACAGAAGACGACAAGGGUGAUUCUCAAGUCGUGACCAAAAAUGAAACAUCAUACACAGGACCGGAUUUUAAGGGAGGUCUACUAGGUAACAUUUUUUCCUUGAGCGCUUCAUUAAAAAGAUUAUUUUAUUCAUUAAAAUAAAAAAAAAUCUUCAAACCUGUUAACUGGGAUGAACUAAAAUUUGGUAUGUUGUUUUACCUAAGUAUUUUCCACAUUCAAAAGUCUUUACUUGAAAUUCACGUGCACCAGUGGCGGAGAAACAGGGAAUUAGUGGCAUUAUUUUUCCAAAUAAAAAUAGUACGCCACUGUUUUUUUUCGAAACGCGCAAUUUUUCGAAUUUUACUUUCAAUUUGCUACAAAUAAUUACUCUUGUGUUUUUUCCUAGAGUGCAUUGUUUUCGUAAAAAUAAAAAAAAACCAAAUUAGAUAAUCAAACCUUUAUUUCAAUAAACGUUCAAAAAGAUCACCAUUCUGAUGGAUACAAGUGCGGCAUCUUUUUAAUAAAGAAAAACGUAUUUCCGCAAAAAUUUGUUGUGGCUUGAAUUUGAUAAAACGCAUUAUCUAUUCUUUCUUGUAACUGAUCAACAGUACAUCUUAAUUUGUUCAGCAUGCACUAGUUGUUUAAAAGCGCCCCACAAAAAGAAAUCCAGCGGGCUUAAAGCAGGAGGCCUCGCAGGCCAAUGUAUGGGUCCGUUUCUGCCAAUCCAUAGUUGUCUAAAAUGAUUAUUUAACCAUGCAGUCACGACGAACAUUCGGUGGGGCACCGUCGUGCCGAUACCACAUUCCUACUCUCGUUGCUAACAGAACAUCAUCUAACACAUUUCCUGUGUAAUUCUCUAGAAAAACUAAGCAUGCAUUCGCAGUAACCACUCACAAAAAUUUCGCCGUUGCACUUCGUCACCGUUUUGCAAGUAUUGCACAUUUUGCCGAUGGUAAGGAUGUAAAGCUUCCCGAUUUAAAAUUCUCCACGCAAGACUUUGGGAACAUGGUAACAUGGUAAUCACUUCCAGUUCCUCUUGAGGUAUGCCGGAUACCAUGGCUUUUAACUCCGGGAAGUUUGGCAAUUCCAUAGUGCCGAAGUCUUAGAAAUGAUCGCGUAAAAAUCUUUGGCCUAGGUUGGCGUCGUUAUCAAAUCUUCGUUGAUACUCCCGAGAAGCCGCUAAAGCAUUUUCAUUACAGAAUCCGUACACAAAAAUAAUAUCGGCGUACUCAUCAUUACUAAAUUCCAUUUCACAACACUUAAAAAUGGAAAAAAGAAACCUUUUGAUUUCACUUUUACAAAAAAAAAUGGUAGUCGUAACGAUAGCAACCAUAUAACACAUAACUUUGACAAACUCUCUCCCAAGAAACGUCAAGUUGGUAUCAAGGCCUCCUAUUUUAUUUUGAAACUAAUUGUACCUCGGUUCUUGAUGAAUGAUCUAAUUUGUUUUAUUUUUACGAAAACACUGCACUCUAUGGAAAAAAUACAAGAGUAAUUAUUUGUAGCAAAUUGAUGGUAAGAAAUGGCGUACCAUUUUUAUUUGGAAAAAUAAUGUCACUAAUCCUCUGUAUCUCCGCCACUGGUGCACUGUAAUUUUAAGUAAAGACUUUUGAACGUGGUUAGGUAAAUCCACAUACCACAUUUCCAGUUGACGGUUUUGAAGAUAUUGAAAAAAAUUGUUUUUUAUUCUUAAACUUCAACGCCUCGUAUCUUUUUAAUGAAGCCCUCGAGGAAAACAUGUUACAUAGAAGACCCCCUCUUAAAAUGCGGUCCUGUAUAUGAUGUUUCAUAUUUGGUCAAGACUUGUAAAUCACCCUGUAUAUGAUUGAUAAUUUUUCCGUAAAUGAUAGUGAAUUAGUGAAUUCAAAAAGACUACUUCUAGAACGCCCAACAACAGUGUCUGUUCUAUUUCGAAUAGUAGCAUGUUUAUCAGACAUCCAGUUAAUAAAUAUAUCGAUUGUGGCUGCAGCUGACUGCUAAUCUCUAUAUAUAGUGAUUUGAAUGUCAAAACAUCGGCUUUAUGUUCAUUGAAUACCUUGAGCAUUAUAUAUAUCAAAAUCUGAAGAAUACGACACGACAUGUUUCACCCAUUGGCAUGAGACCUAACUUUUGUUAUAAAAUUUGUGUAAACGUGGUUUAUUUAGCAACCCUCUCCUUAACCUGAGAAGUGUUCAUCGAUCAUUUUCCGUAUAACACCCAGUUGCACCGCCAGUGGCUCAAGUUUAUCUUUUUCUCCAUCAGCGAUAGUGAAGCUAUUGUAUAUUUUGAACCCUUCCGGUCCAAAAUUGUUUAGCAAAGAAACGAAAGUAAAUAUUAAUUAACAGUACGGUAUAUGAACAAUUCUUUUUAAUUCGUGAUUUUGGAAGGUGAACAAUACGAAACAUUCCAUCAGAUAGCAACAAUCGCGGAAUACCUGAUUUGCAAAUAGCAUAGUGGGACACAUUGCAUGAAUUCUGCUCUGUUUUUCAUUGCUACUAUAUUUAUCCAAUAAAAUUGAUAUGGAAGUAUUUUAAUCAAUUUGAUAUUCAUAAUUUUUUUGGGUCUAAUGAUCCUCCGACAUAGAAUCUCGUGGCACUAAAACUAAACCUAAAAUUACUGCAUAUAACGCGAAAGUACAUUUCCUAAAAAUUCAGAUUCAAAAUUGAAGUAGAUAAAGUUAAAUUUUAGUUUAGCAAAGUUGUGGGUCGCCCUUUUCGUGUCCAAAAAAUUUGGUUUGACUUUUUUCCACUUUUCAGUGUUGUUGUUGCUAACAAACCUUAGAUUGGGACUGAGCGCUCAAUAAAAUAAGAAGUGAAGUCAAAUGAAUCAAUAUUACACAAACUGUUAAAGGUAAAAGCCAAAUCUUGAGGUACAUGCUCUUUCACAACGCCGAUGAACAGAUUUGCUCUUAUUCAGUUCGAACUGCCCUUUGCAAUCCACAGGAACCUUCAACAUUUUCGGAAACUGCACUUUUAUAUAUGGAUGCGCAGAAAAGUACGAAUUCAAUGCGAAAUUCCAGCAACUUCCAAACUACGGGUUCAAGUCCGAUCGACUUGUAGCAUGAUCUUGACCACUGAUUACGCAAUUUUGGUUACAAACUGAUGGUACACUUGCUCCUUCUACCUAAUUUGAAUUCGUUGGUAGAUAUGGUAAGUCCUUCAUUGAUCCAAAAAACCCACUUGGUGAUUAUAUUUUGUAGCUACUCAUCAGAAACAACAACAAAGUUUGGCCAUGAAGUGUAAUGCAUUUCACCAAAUUGUUCGAAUGAUGUCAGGGAUGAUAAUACUUCGGAAUGUUUUCAAACUGAUGAGGACAAUCCAAAGGACGUAUCAGAUGAUUGAUAUUGAGUUUACAGCAACAAGUAUAAUAAUGCUACAACGAAGACAUUACUUUCACUUAAUUCAAUCACAUGUGAUUGGAUCACUGGGUUUGCCACUUUAUUUAAAUGUAUAAGUUUGGUGUGAAAGAAAAUAGACGACCAAUUUAACCAACUGAUUUGUAGUUGCAAACGUAUUUUUUUUAAAGUUCUACAGUACAACACUCGUCAGACCUUAGCUAAGUUUUCACCAAACCGGAGUGGAUAAACAAAAACUCAAUUUGGGGUUGGCCUUAACAUUCAGCAGUGGUAUUACGUAUAUUGAAAAGUGACAUUUUGUCGUUUUUUUUUUGACAUGUAGGUUUCUUGUGACGUAACAUAAGGUUUUUCUACAAAAUGUUAACUUGCUGAUGGACACAUUGUGAACUCGUGUUGUAGUUGUUCGUGUUGCCUGAACGUCAUGAUGCUUCAGUUAUCAAAGUUUGGUUCUGAUGUGAUGUAACAUCUGCUUCAGAGAUGGCAUUAUUGGAGGUCCAAGCUGCAAGUUGUAUAGCUGGAAGGAAACGGCAGUGCAUAGAUGCAUAGUGAGGAUUUGUGCGCUAAUAUGUGUUGAUGAAAAUUCCAUUGGUUGCAUGUCUCAAGUACACUUACUUGAGAUUCAAAGCCAGAAAUUAGUUGCGCAUCCACUUUUUCUUAUUCAUUCUGGAAAUUACCCGUCGGGCACAGCUAAUAUAUAUACUUCAUUGGCAGCAUAUUCAGCAAUAAUUUUCUCACAUAGGAAAUAUCACUGAUUUUAUAUACAUGCAAACCUAUACACACAAUCCCAUCCAGAAGGGAUCGUGCCCAGUAAACCAACUUUCUUUCUUUCACAUCUUCUCAGAGAUAAGGACUACCGAAUACUCGUCUUCAAAAAACAUAAUUGCUUUUUGCAAUCAACAUUGCGUGAAAUUGAGUGAUUCCUCCAUAGAUGGACGCUCACAGCGAUCAUAGCGAGCAAACGUGGAAUCAACUAUUUGCACCCUAAAAACGACAUAGUCUGCAAGGUGACAUUUUGUCGUUUUUUACGUUUUUUACAUAAUAGCCGUGCUGCGGUUCACCUUUAUUAAGAGGUAGAUUUGAGAAAGGCGCUGCAAUCGAGCAUAAGACUUUCUGGGCCUAUCUGAGUAAGACAUUAAAUAUCCCAAUUAGCAGAUCGCUUUAAUAAAAAAAGUAAAAAUAUUCAUUCAAUUUCUCUAAUUUUUGUUAAUAGUACACAGUGCUCUAAAUAUAUGUUUAGCCAGAUCUGAGAUUAUAUCCCGCUAUUAUAGGUAUACCUGUUUUGCCUGCUUUUAUGGCGAUUAUUUUGUGUUGAGACCUGUAAUUUAAUUAUCAUGUUUAUAUUGUUUUAAAUUCAAUAUAACAUACUCAUCAAAUUUUAACGAUUUAUGUGUACAUAGUUGAAUGUAUUUAUUGUUGACCUAGUAUGUAAGGAAAAAUUUUGUAGUAUAAAAAUAAUUUAGCAAUAUUUCAAUAUUUUCAGUGAGUUAUUAUAGGAAAAUUAUGCGGUUACAAUCACACAACAUAGGUAAAUUAUUGUCAUUUACAGGCAGAAUCAGAUCAAGUUACCAUAAGUUAUAACACAAAAUGUUAUUUUCUACCAUUUUUAUUUCCGAAGAAUUUAUUAUUUUUUAAAAAAAUAUAAUCCUUAUUGUACAUAGAAUAGACAGUUAUUCAAGACCAUAACAAAAUUAGAGAUUUGACUCUGCCUGUAGAGUAUAUUUUAGGAGAACACUGCCAUUUUAACAAAAAUGUAGCUGUUUGAAAUGACGAUAUUGCUUGUGCUAUAGUUGGAAUAUUCUUUUUAUUUAAUAAAAGAGGAGAAAUAAUUACAAAUAUCUAAAAUUUAACAUUAAAGAACCAUGUUUAAGCUACUAAUUUAGAAAUUCCAUAACAAGCAUUUUUAUGUUAAAUGAAGCACAGAAGCUAAAAACUGUCUUGUCGAUACUGCAUGAAUAUCAAUUUCAUGCAAUCAAGACAAUAGAUUGUCUUUAAAUAGGUAUUUGUGAUUUUUUUUCUCAUCGCGUUAAGGUAUUAGCUUAUUCACAUGUGUUUAUUAAGCACACUGUAAGCAACAGUAUUGUUUCAUUCUUAUUUUCAGUAGCUGAUAAUGAAUCGCAUUUUAUUGAUUUAAUAUGGUAAUAUAUUCUUUUUCUGA